GCGUUACAGUCAUGAAACUUAAAUUGUAAUGUGGACUCAACUAUGUUUAUUGGAUUUAUAGUGUUCUGUGUCAUUCUUCUAUUUACAUGUACUGACGCUAAAAUAUUGAGUGGUCACCUUUUAACUAGUGAAAAUUGGGCCUUCCUAGCAAGGUUCUGUUUCCUCUCCGAAAAGGGAAAAUUCCAGUACAAAUUUAUCUUGGAAGAAGACACCAAUGUUAAUUUGUUAUUGUAUUACGACUCCCCUUCGCAAUGGCCAAGUGUUUAUCCAUCAAGGAAGUCAUGUUUGCAGAAAGAAGAGGUCUUAAACAGAGAUCAUGGACAAAUUGUUCCCUUGACAGCGAAACCUUUUUUAACAGCUCCAUCGGAAUGCAUCACAAACAGAACAACCAAAGAGGUUUUCUGCAACAGUUACAGGGAAUUUCGAUCCUCCCGACCCCGGUGGUGGUUCAUCGCUUUAUCAGAUUGCACAACUCGAAAUGGAUUAAAUGUCACCUAUUGGCUGUCUCUGACAAACGCACCACGCGGAAGUUUCUGGAGAGAGCAUUUCUCCGCUGAUGAAUUUUAUAUUCUGCCUCUGCUGAUUGCAUUUUCCAUCGCCUACUUCAUCCUCAUCAUCUUCAGCGUCUUUGUAGCUACCGAGCUGCGUUCAAGAAAACUUCUUCACGUCUCCUACAAAAUUUUCAUGCUCUCUCUCUGGUUUUAUUUAAUAGGCCUCAUGUUCGAAAUCUACUCUUAUUCAAUAAGAGCCUCCAUGGGAAUUGAUUUUCCGGGAGCAUCUCUGACUGCAAAACUCUUUGAAGCCUCUUCAGAAACCCUUUUUACGGUGUUGCUCUUGCUCCUAGCUUUGGGAUUCACAGUCACCAAAAGUGUCCUUUCUAUGAUUCAAGUCUGGAGACUCUUAGGCUUCAUCUGGCUCAGUACAAUUUUACAACUUACCCUUUUCAUCUACCAGUCAGAGGUCUUCGAUCCUGGCCUCAUACUUUACAUCUACGAAUCACCUCCUGGCUAUGGACUUAUGGCUCUGAAAAUUUGGACCUGGAUAGUCUUUCUGCUCUGCUGUUACAAGACGAGCUUGAAAGCGGCUGGCAAGAUCAAUUUUUAUUCUUUUCUCAUGACUCUUGGAUCUGGAUGGUUUCUCUUUCAUCCUCUCAUGGUGCUGGUGGUUACUUUCUUGGUGGACAAGUGGAUUCGAGAAAGUGUGGCGAAGGGGUGUUCCUUGUUGAUGGUCUUUUUGGGACACGCUUUCUUUUUAUACUCUACAAGACCAGCGGCUGCUAAUGUCCAUUUUCCAUUUCAUAUCAGAACUUUCCAAGUAGUUCCAGUAAGUGGUGAAGGUCAAGGUCACAGUUAUGAACCCAGAAGCCAAACUGCUGUUCCUGCUUUCACUCUCACUGAGUUGAGACCCAACUUUCAUAAUAAUAAUAAUCAUAACAAUAAUGGUAGUAGAAAUAAUGGGUUUUAAAUUUUGAAACCAAAAAUCAUUUUAAAAAAUUGUAACGAUAUCUAAGAUUAUUCUUACACUAAACAUAUAAUUUAGCCCUAGCAGGGUGACCGUUUUAAUCGAAGGAAAAAUUCCUCGUCUUUUCCCGUUUUUUUACAUGGCAUGUAAAUAUUUUUCACAGCCAUUGAAAUUAAAAAAUUCGAAUUCUUAUAGCUUAAAG